ACAGCCUUUAAAAUGUACCUAGGUGUGGUACCGGUGACGAAGGACUGGGCAGACUCAAAUAAGGAGUUUUCCCUGGUGUUACCCGACAAUCCAUUGGAGGACUUUGUUGAAUUGCCCGAGAACGAGAAGACGCUAUUUUAUUCGAAUGUACUGCCAGGAAUUAUCAGGGGUGGACUACAAGCGGUAUGA